AGGACCAGAACGAGACAAUGGUUCUUGCCAGCUCUACCACCAGCAUCCUCUGCAUGCUGCUCCCGCUCCUGAUGCUCUUCCACCAGGGACUCCAGUUUUCAGUCAGUGCCCACCAUUUACUCAGGAUGUUGGAUUGCAGGACUAUUGCCUUGGAGAUUUCGGUGAAGCUCCCAAAUCCUCAGGUAUCUGAACUCAAUAAUAAUGACGACAACGCCAAUCUGAAGAAUAGUACCUUGCGGAGAGUAAACCUGGACGAAUUCAUAAAAAGCCAAGAGGAGUUUGAUUCUCAGGACACAUUGGACAUCAAGUCCAAACUUCAGAAACUUAAGUGUUGUAUUCCUGCAGCUGCGAGCGACUCUGCGCUGCCAGGUGUCUACAAUAAAGAUCUGGAUGACUUUAAGAAGAAACUGAGAUUCUACGUGAUCCAUCUUGACGACCUGCAGCCAGUGUCCGUCUCUAGACCACCUCAGCCCACAUCUAGCUCUGACAACUUCCGCCCUAGGACCGUGGAAUGUUAAAGCAGCAGGCAGAGCAACUGGAGCCUGAA